AGCAGCGGGCCGCGGCGGCUUAGAGAGCUGGAGCCGCGACAGCCUCCAGCGCGCCCAGGACCCGCCGACAGCCGGAGAGACCGACCGAAGGACGCGGGACCGGGUCGCCGCUGCCACCACGGGGCGCUCCCUCUCGCCCUCCGAGUCCGGCCACCUGGUCUUCCCCUCGGCCCCGGCCGCCUCAGGCUCAACAAAAUGAAACCAGGAUGCUUUUGGCUGCAUCUCACACUGCUUGGAGCCUCCCUGCCUGCUGCGCUGGGGUGGAUGAACCCAGGAACCAGCAGAGGAUUGAACAUGGGUGUGGGAGAGUCCCGGGAAGAGGAAUCCAGAAGCCUUGAAGUCACAAGAAGAGAAGGGCUUUCCGGCCACCGUGGGCUGCCGGCCUCCUGCAGGAAGAAGUUCUGCAGCCGCGGGAGCAGGUGCACGCUCAGCAGGGAGACGGGGGAGCCCGAGUGCCGGUGCCUGGAGGCCUGCAGUCCCAGCUACGUGCCCGUGUGUGGCUCCGACGGGAGGGUUUACGAAAACCACUGUGAGCUCCACCGUGCUGCUUGCCUGCUGGGGAAGAAGAUUGUCAUCGUUCGCAGCAAGGACUGUUUCCUUAAAGGUAACCCAUGCACCAUGGCCGACUACGCCCGCCUGAAGAAGGCCCUUCUGGCGCUGCAGACCCGCCUGCAGCCACAACUUGAAGGGGACAGCAGACAAGACCCUGUUUCCCAGAAGCGGCUCCUGGUGGAAUCUCUGUUUAAGGACUUGGAUGUAGACGGGGAUGGCCACCUCAGCCGCUCUGAACUGACCCAGCACGUGCUGAAGGAGCAGGCCCUGGAAGAGGACUUCCUGGGGUGCUCACCAGGCGACCUCCUCCGAUUUGAUGACUACAACAGUGACGGCUUCCUGACCCUCCAUGAGUUCUACACAGCCUUCCAGGUGGUACAGCUCAGCCUCGCCCCUGAGGAGAGGGUCAGUGUGGCCACAGUGACCGUGGGCCUGAGCACAGUGCUGACCUGCGCUGUCCACGGAGACCUGCGGCCACCCAUCGUCUGGAAGCGCAACGGGCUGGCCCUGAACUUCCUGGAUUUGGAAGACAUCAAUCAGGACUUUGGAGAGGACGACUCCCUCUACAUCACCAAGGUGACCACCAUCCACAUGGGCAAUUACACCUGCCAUGCCUCUGGCUACGAGCAGCUGUUCCAGACCCACGUCCUGCAGGUGAAUGUGCCACCCGUCAUCCGUGUCUAUCCAGAGACCCAGGCACAGGAACCCGGAGUGGCAGCUAGCCUGAGAUGUCACGCAGAGGGCAUUCCUAUGCCCAGAAUCACUUGGCUAAAAAAUGGCAUGGAUGUCUCAACCCAGAUGUCGAAACAGCUUUCCCUUUUAGCCAAUGGGAGCGAACUCCACAUCGGCAGUGUUCGGUAUGAAGACACAGGGGCGUAUACCUGCAUUGCCAAAAAUGAAGUGGGCGUGGAUGAAGAUAUUUCCUCCCUCUUCAUCGAAGACUCGGCUAGAAAGACCCUUGCAAACAUUCUAUGGCGAGAAGAAGGCCUCAGUGUGGGAAACAUGUUCUACAUCUUCUCCGACGAUGGCAUAAUCGUCCUGCACCCAGUGGACUGUGAGAUCCAGAGGCACCUCAAACCCACGGAGAAGAUCUUCAUGAGCUACGAAGAAAUCUGUCCUCAAAGGGAAGGAGGCGCCACCCAGCCCUGCCAGUGGGCGUCAGCAGUGAAUGUCAGGGACCGCUACAUCUACGUGGCCCAGCCCGCGCUGAGCAGAGUCCUCGUGGUCGACGUGCAGGCCCAGAAAGUCCUCCAGUCCAUAGGUGUCGACCCUCUGCCGGCUAAGUUGGCCUAUGACAAAUCACAUGACCAAGUGUGGGUCCUGAGCUGGGGGAACGUGCAUAAGUCCCAACCAAGCCUCCAGGUGAUCACAGAGGCCAGCACCAGUCAGGGCCAGCACCUGAUCCGCACACCCUUUGCAGGAGUGGACGAUUUCUUCAUUCCUCCAACAAACCUCAUCAUCAACCACAUCAGGUUCGGCUUCAUCUUCAACAAGUCUGACCCUGCAGUCCACAAAGUCGACCUGGAAACACUGAUGCUCCUCAAGACCAUCGGGCUGCAGAGCCACGGCUGCCUGCCGCAGGCCAUGGCCCACACCCACCUGGGCGGCUACUUCUUCAUCCAGUGCCGACAGCACAGCUCCUCUCCAGCCGCCCCGCAGCUGCUGCUCGACAGUGUCACGGACGCCGUGGUCGGCCCCAACGGCCACGUUACCGGCACCCCACACACGUCCCCCGAUGGGCGCUUCCUAGUCAGCGCUGCCUCCAGCAGCCCCCAGCUUCACGUGCAGGAGAUCACGCUGCAGGGGGAGAUCCAGACCCUCUAUGACCUGAAAGUGAGCCAGGGCGUCUCAGACGUGGCCUUCCAGCCCUCCUUCACCCAGGGCGACCAGUACUACGUCUACGCCACGCUGGAGACAGAGCCGGACCUGCUCUUCCUGGAGCUGUCCACGGGGAAGACGGGCGUGCUGAAGGGCUUGAAGGAGCCGCCCGUGCCCACGGGGCCAGCCCGAGCCUGGGCCGGGCCCCGCAGGAUCGUGAGGGACAGCGGGCUGUUCGGGCAGUACCUCCUCACGCCGGCCCGAGAGUCACUGUUUCUCAUCAACGCGAGACAAAACGCGCCGCGGUGUGAGGUGGCGGGAGUAAAGGGGGGGACCACAGUGGUGUGGGUGGGCGAGGUAUGAAGCAGCCACAAGCGCCGCCUGGUACUGACACCGCAGCCCCAAGCAGGCACCCUGUACAUUUUUACAGACAAAAGCAAAAACCUGUAUUCGCUUUGUGGUUCAACACUGGUCUCCUUGCAAGUUUCCUAGUAUAAGGUAUGCACUGCUAACGAGAUGGGGGUUUUUCGUUAGGACGUAUGAUUUCUGCCUUGAGCUACGAUGAGAAUAUGCUGCCGUGUAAAGGAAUCAUUUCUGCGCCCGGCUACACGCCACGUUACCUGGGCCGCCAUGGAACCAGGAGCUCCUGCCUUCCAGGCGGAUGCUUCCGUCGGUUGCCUUCGCCUAGUCAUUCUCCAGGGUCCGGCCAGACUUCACCCUGAUGGUGUGGCCUGAUGACACAGGCUCCCCGGGGCAGGGCUCUCCCUCCUGGUGUGAGAGCCACAUCACCCUCGCUCUGGACCUCAUUUUCUCCUUCGCAGUUGCUUCUUGCUUUUCUUUCCAUUUGACUUGUUGUAAGCCUGAGGGAGAGCCAACAAGACUUAUUGCAUCUUGGGGGAUGGGGAAAUCACUCACUUUAUUUUGGAAUUUUUGAUUAAAAAAUAAUUUUUUAUAAUCUCAAA